AUGGCCUCAUCGGCAACGCAAUCGCACCCCGCAGCUUACCACGAACCGGCUGCUAGAGCUGCGGCUAAUCCUUCGUCUUUGACGCCGCCCCCGUCAAUUCGCAGUGGCAGCGACAGUGGCCUUGACACCGGACGGCCGCCCAAACGGCGUCGCAUCAACUUCGCCUGUGAUUAUUGCCGCUCGCGCAAGACCCGCUGCGAUGAGGGCCAGCCAUCAUGUUAUGCUUGUUCAGUGGCCGGAAUUGACUGCGUCACUAGGAAUCGCUGCCAGCCAUGGCUUGAUGUUCGGCGCCAGGAAGCUGGCAAAGUGCCGGAUCGUACCCGGAUGAAUGAUGCGUCAAGGCCGGGUGAACAUGUCUCUACUUCGACUGUUCAAAGUGCGGCUGCAUCACUGGCAAUACCAAGACAUGAAGCUACGCGAGCUACGCUCUCUCCUCGCCGGAGCCGGCGGCAACCACACCAAGCAAAUGACACAAUCACUGCUGAAGCAAUCGCUGCAUUGCCUGGUAUUCAGGGCCCGUCCCAAACAGAGAAUGAUCCUGUCCCCAUUGCAAAUUCGCCUGGCAUUCACCAUGACAGUCAAACGCAUGGCACAUCUUCCGACCCGUCUGAUACUGGACACGGUGUUGAUGAUAGAUCUGAGCUCAGACAUCGCCUGCCUAUCCUUCAAAUCGAUUCCGGGAACACGCCCCUGGAAUUAAUGGCCAGCUGGCUAGAUCUUGCGUGCUGCCGCCUCCAAAUCCCUCGAGCCGGUCCUCGUCACCCCGCCCGAUCCGAGGAGGACCCAUACAGCGGUCAAAUUACGCACAAGGAUUUCGUUUUACCGGACUCGCUUGGAACGUGGCGCCUCCUAGAUCGGGAAGCGCUAUUACCCUUGGUUGACCGGUUUCUAGAGGGACCAAACAUCUUGUUUCCUCUUUUGCAGCCAGAAAAGAUCAGGCAUGCGGCUCAUGUCGCAUUGGUGCGCGAACCCAGAGCUUUGGCACAGCAAUGCGGGCUUCCAGUACUGAUGCAGGUAUACCUCGUCAUGAUACUUGGCUUUGCAUCAAGACCCGAUCAAGAGCUUGACUUUGAUGCAGAAGGAUACCUGAAGUAUUCAGAGGGCCUUCUGGGCCAAAUUUUGCAGCAGAGCACACUCGAAGCCCUUGAGGCCAUCACACUAUUAUCCAUGGCUCUGCGGUGUCAUGGCAACCUGGCUGCAGCUGGACAUACAAUGAGCCUCGCUGUCUCUAUGAGUGUGUCACUGGGCCUGCCGAAAUACGCGUCUCGUUUGCCGCCUGGAGAGGAAAGACGAAAUGUGUGGAUGGGUGUAUUUUCGUUUGAAAAAAUGCUUUCUUUUGAGCUGGGUCGAUCGUCACUCAUUUCAGAUGACUAUCCGGAGUUGCUACGUAGCUCGGAUCUGCUGAGCGGGACGGAACAGGUGACAACAACUCAUGAUUCCACGAUUCAGUCACGGGAGCAACCAAAGGAGUCUAUCUGCGAGGUUGUUCUGAGUCUGGCGAAGCUACUGGGAGAUAUAGGCCGAUCGUGCGUCCAGAUUAGCCUCAAGGAAGAUGAUAGGCGUGCAGGACCCAUCUCAGAAUUGAUCAGAGAUAAAGUACGGACAACAGGCCUUUCCUGUAUGAAGCUAAUGGGAUGGGCGUCCGAUGUAUGUCCAUCUCUUUACAACCCAACUGCCGACAUAUUAUUCGAUGGCAGAGUACACCCGUUUGCAUCGUUCAUCACAAUGCAAUACCACACAGCUCUGAUUCUUGUAAUGCGCAACAGCCUUCUCAUUAGCGAGAAAUCCAUUCGUCGCUCUGUCGACAUUAUCGCCAAGGACGAACCAUGGGAGUUUGCUGUCAGAAAUGGCCAGAGCAUUGCUGUUAAUUCAGCGCGCAAAAUCUUGAAUAUAUCCCUAGAGUCAUCGGAGAAUGAGACAUAUCCUGCUCUUCCAAGCCUUGCUGGUCCUUUGCACGCCAUGGGAGUCCUGGCCGUAUUCGUGGCGACCCGUCAAAACUCGAGGAUGGCAAGCAUGGACCGCGAACUUUUAAAAGCUGCAGCGCAGGUAAUAAAAGAUGCAAAUACCUCGGAUCGAGGGGAGAAGCAGCUUAGCUUCGCCUUCAACAAGCUGGAUGCCUUGGUAGCUGCCGCUCGAUCGCGCAGCCUUAAUGGAUCAAACCCAUCGCACCGGACACAAACUGGAAAUUCCGUGCGACUACCAGAUUUCACAAUCAAUUCACGGGACCCGGCUUCGUCCUGGACCCCCCAAUCUCAAAUUCCGGGUAACGAUACUUCGCUGUCACAGGGAAGCGAUGAAGCCUUUAGGGAGACUUCCAACGGACACGUCAAUAUGGCAGAAGGUGACAGUCACUUCGCAUAUUCAGAAGGGUGGCUCGAUGAUAGCUCUCCCAUGAUCAUGAAUGAUUUUGGCUGGAAUUGGGCCAACUUUUCGCUGCUUUCAGAUGGUCAAUACGACGAGUCCCAAGUACAGAUACAGGGUUUUGUUUAGCUGCCUGAGUAAGUUCUUGCACUCUACAUGGGACCCUGGAUGAAAAGAAUUUUCUGUCAAGUCAUAGUACAGAGGGCGAGGGGAGUCACAGGGACACACUUGCAUACUGUACAUGCUUCCUGUCGGAGUAGGUUACCUGCAACCCAGAUACAGAGAUAUUUCCAAGCUGUAUUUUUGGAAUUUACUAGCAUUCCCGAAUGCAGUAGGAAUGGUAACC